AUGGUCCGUAUUGUAAUCGCCGGUGGUACAAGCAGUCUAGCCUCGGAAGUCAUCGAUGGCCUGGCUGCUACUGGCAGACAUGAGAUCAUCCUCUUUUCGAGGCAGGACACCUCGACUGAGGGCCUUCCUUCUAGUCUCGAGUGGCGUAAGGUCGACUAUGAGAACCUUGAUCAACUCACCGAAGCACUGCAAGGGGUCAACACUGUGUUGAGCUUCAUCGUGGCGCACUUAGAUCCCGGCAACGCGUCUCAGAAGAAUCUCAUCACGGCUUCAAUCAAGGCUGGCGUGAAGCGUUUCGCGCCCAGCGAAUGGAUGACGUCCAAGCUUGACCACAUGUCCUGGUAUGCCAACAAAGCGGAGCUUCGCGAAUACCUGGAGGAGAUUAACAAAGACAAGAAGGCUAUUGAGUAUUGCCUUUUCCAGCCAGGGUAUUUUAUGGAUUAUCUCGCCGCUCCACACCAGAUCACGAAGCACAUCCAUCAGCAGGAGACCUACGUCAACUUUGAGAGGUGCCAGGCCCUUUUGGUAGAUGGCGACGACAACGCUCGCGUGGUAUUUACUUCCGUGAAAGAUAUUGUCAACGUCGUGGUGCUGGCUGUGGACUACAUAGGUGAGUGGCCUGUUACCGGGGGCAUUCAGGGCCAAGAGAUCUCCAUUGCCGACGUUUUGGCACUGGGAAAGAAGAUCCGAGGUGCGUCUGUCGGUACCAGCAUUAUAUACAUCACGGUGGCACAUGCUAAUGGCCGAUCAACCUUAACAGGGCGUGAAUUUGCUGUCGAGAGGCUCUCAGCCGCCGAGCUCAAGGCAGGAGAGUUCAACGCCAAAGGAUGGUCUCCCAGGAUUGAUCAUCCUUCCAUCCCUCCAGAGCAGCUUGAAGUCAUGGCUAAGGCGGUGAACUCUGCCGUCUUGCUUGCCACGGGAGCGGGUGCAUUCCAGGUAUCGGACGAGUGGAACCGUUUGCUCCCAGACUACAGGUUUACGACAAUCGAGGAAUUGAUGAACGGUGUGUUCAAGCACAAGUCCUAG